AUGCCAUAUGAUCUACCGACCGUGCCUAGGCCUACUCCGUUCCAGAAAUGGCUUCUGCUCGCAUCUAUAAGUCUUUUGAGACGAUUUCGCAACCUCUCCGGUAGUGUGCUAAUGCUGACGAGCGAUUUGUGCGUUAAAUUCGGUAACCGCCUCGAUCUUGCCGAAGCACAAACCAUGCUUUUCGUCACAAAGUACACUAGUAUACCAGUGCCGAAGGUGUAUUUUGCUUUCACCGAAAAAGAAUGCACAUACAUAUUGAUGGAGAGAAUCCAUGGUCAAAUGGCUGCAAGAGGCUGGGUGAACAGGUCAGAUGCCUCAAAACUUAACAUCCAUAACAAUCUGAGGAAGUUGGUUCUUGAGAUGCGCAGUCUGUCUCCGCAGAGUAACGCCAUAUGCAGCAUCAGCGGAGGAUCUCUAUAUGAUCUGAGAAUACCGCAGACGACCAGCCGAUUUGGGCCCUCCAAGAGCACUCAGGAAUUCCACGACUUCCUACGCAACCACAUACAAGCACACAGCAACCAUGGUGAAAGCUUCUUGAAGCUCAUAGGCUUGCAUGCACAGCUCUGGGGUGCUCCUGUCUUCACACAUGGCGAUUUGAGCAGUCUGAACAUUCUUGUACGUGGCGACGACGUAGUCGGUAUCAUCGAUUGGGAGACAGCAGGUUGGUAUCCACCGUACUGGGAGCAUACUACCGCUUGUCAGGUCAAUCCGCAGAACUUAUUCUGGAAAGACGAAAUCGACAAGUUCCUGGAACCAAUGCCGGAUGCACUUGAGAUGGAGCAAUUACGACAACGAUACUUUGGAGAUCUAUCUUGA